AUGCCACAGUACAAUGUAUUCCAGCAUGUUGAAGGUGGCAAGGGAGGUGAUAUCAGGCCUCCUAAGAGUUCUGCUCUGGCCGCAGCGUUUACUGACCUCAUUAGACAGACUGACCUGGGCUUGGUUCAAGGGACAUUAGAACAAUGGGACAACAGAAGCGUGGAAUGCUAUCUUGGGAUCCCUUACGCUGCACCUCCAGUGAAUCUCCUCCGAUUCCAGCCUCCCCAGCCACAUCUUGGAUGGAAUAACACACUGAAUGCAACUGAAUUUGGACCCAUGUGCCCUCAAGAACUUGAUCAAGUAGCUGGUAAUGAAGACUGCCUCAAGUUAAAUAUCUAUGUGCCCUAUAAAAAGAUUCAUUCGAGCAAACUGUUGACAGUGAUGGUGUGGCUUCAUGGAGGAGCCUUUGUCCUUGGCUCUGGAAAUUACAAGGCUCAUGUGCUGGCUGACUUUGGCCAAGUUAUUGUGGUUACAAUCAAUUAUCGUUUAGGGGUGUUUGGGUUUCUUUCCACAGGAGACAAUGCAGCAAUUGGCAAUAGUGGGCUGCGUGACCAACACUUUGCUAUAUCGUGGAUAAAGACCAAUAUCAGAAAUUUUGGUGGUAAUCCAGAGGCUAUUGUUAUAUUUGGACAGUCUGCAGGAGGAAUUAGUGUUGGAUUACAAUGUCUGUCACCUCUCAACACAGGGCUUUUUAAACGUGCGAUUUUACAGAGUGGGGUUGCUAUUGCACCUUGGGCAAUAAGGUUGGAUGACCCUUCCAUGUGGGCAAAGAAACUUGCUUCGAUAUUAUUUUGUCCAGUGAAUGAUAGUUUGAAGCUGAUCAGCUGUCUGCAGGAAAAACAAACAGCGGAGCUCGUGAAAGGUGCGAUAAAGUUGCACGACUUUAAUUUUUCAUUCGGUCCGACAGUGGAUGGUGCAUUUCUUCCUAAACCACCGCAAGAACUUUCCAGAAACGUUAGCUUAGUCAACCGAUUCACCUACAUGGCUGGUGUUAACAGUCAUGAGGGAAGCUUGGUUUGGCCACAAAUAAAGAAGAUCGAAACGCAAGCUGAUUUUGUUAACUUCAUGUCAACAUUUCUCCAAGUAGCAGCUGAUAAAGUGACAACUGUGUCCGAUGCCACAUUGUGGGAAUACAAAGAUUGGAAAGACCUUAACGACAGUUCAUUUCACCUUCAGAGGCAAGCACUAGAAGUAGUUGGUGAUGCAGGUUUCGUAGCACCACUGGUAAAGACAAGUGAAUUCAUGGCUAAGGCUACCAAACACGUUUACAUUUAUUACUUUACCAGACACCCGAACACAUCUGUGUCCCCUGAGUGGAUAGGAGCAGGGCACGGGGAUGAACUUGUGUUUGUAUUUGGAGUCCCGACAAUGGGAGGACCUCUUGUAGGAAAAGAAGAGCAUGAUCUGAGUCAACAAAUAAUGUCCUACUGGACAAAUUUUGCUAAAACUGGAAAUCCCAAUUUUCCCAUGAAUGUCCCAGUUACUUGGCCAAAAUAUAACAAGAGAACAUCACAGUAUCUACAACUGGACGUCAAUUUGUCAAACCUGAACAUAAAGAAACAUCUGAAGCCUGAACAGGUUACUUUCUGGAACCAGUACAUCCCUAGUUUACUGAAUGUUAAAGAAUGUCCAAUUACAAAGCCUCUCAUAGAUCCACUUGUUCAGACCCAGAAUGGUCUUCUGCGUGGCAUCAGAGUUCAGCAAAACAAUAGAAUAACAGACAUUUUCCAAGGAAUUCCUUAUGCACAGCCACCUAUUGGGGAACUUCGUUUCCAAAAGCCAAGACCAUUAAAGCCAUGGAAAGGUAUUAAGCAUGCAAGAAAAUAUGGAAAUAUUUGCAUGCAGGACCAGGUGUUUGUGAAGGAUGUCCAUGGUGACGAGGAUUGCCUCUUCCUGAACAUAUGGAUACCUAAUGGUGUUCAAG